AUGGAAGGCGAAGAAGAAUAUGAAGUAGAAGAACUACUUCAGGACCGCAACCACAUCAUCAGUCGAGGACACAGCUGGAGGACCAUAACCGAAUAUUUGGUCAAAUGGAAAGGAUACCCAGUGGAGGAAGCUACUUGGCUCAAAAGGAGCAACCUCGCCAAUGCCGAAGAACUUGUCAAACAAUAUGAAAACAAGGAAGACCGCAUAGAGGAUCAUGAUUUGCGACACUUGGAAAACAAAGGAGGAUGUAUAACCACAUCAUCUCCUGGCUCUUCAACUGAGAGCUCAACACUCUUUCCAACCUCAAAUGAGAAUCAUACCGAUCCCUUAUUCUGUGACGAGCAGGACUUUUAUUCAUCAGACAUGGAUGAAGACGUCUUCGAAAAUGAGCAUUCCAUUUCUCCUUUAACGACUCAGAUUGACCCCAGCUUCCCUUUAGAAGAAUGGGGCAUGUCUGCUUGGGAACAAAACAAGGACUACGAAUCGGAUAUGGAAUCUACUAACUCCCUCGACUCAGGGAGUGAGAACCAGCUCAUCGCCCAUGUCCCUGCUGAGACAUGGCCUUCUCAUGGCCUACCAUGCCUAACAGUUGGGUUACCCUUCUCUGGUGAACCUGGCUUUGUUAUGACAUCUCCACCACUGCCUCUCGUUCACUACCUCCUGCAGCAGGAGGUUUUGGAAUCUGAGGACAUCCUUUGUGCUCCACUGAUCGACAAAGAGGCCUUCCCGGGUGGAUCCCCUACUCCUCAGCCUUGUUGCCGCCAUGGUGCCCAACCCAGUGCACCAGUGACUUCAAAUUUUAGCCUACUCUCUAAUGGGCAGACUCUCACUCUGGUGCCAGUGCUCCCUUUUUCUCCUUGUCCGGUGGAUCCUCCUGCUGGGCCUUCAACUCUGGCUCCUCCUCAUACUCCUGUGCCUUGCCUUCCUUUGACUCCAGCACCUCCACCUUAUCAGCUUCACAUGCCUCUGUCGUCAUGUCCUCCCCCAGCCUCUGAGUCUCAGCCUCCCACUCAGAUGUUGAGGGUUCCAGCCUCAACUCCCAGGAAUGCCCUGCCUUUAGCUGCAACCUUCCUUGAUCUCAAUUGCCGGGUUACUGCCAGUCUUCCAGUGCUGUCUACUCUGCCGAUGAUGUGCUCAGUAACGGCAUUGACCUCAACCUCAGAGUCUGCUACCCCUGGACUCAAGACUUCCUCAGCCAAGGUCGCUAUUCACUUCUCAUUGUUUUCUACCCCCAUGCACCCUGCUCUGCCUAUGGUGAUGUCAAGCCGUACUUCUCAAUGCCAGCUCCAUGCUCAAGUGAGCCCUCCCCUGCCUCUGGUUGUUGGGAAUGGGGAGUUUUCUGCAGCACCUGUCCCUCCUGCUUUACAGGAGAUCAAUUCUACCCCACAGCCUCAAGAGCCGUUAUUCUUCCCAAGUUCUGAGAAGGACGAUGGUCAUCAUCCUCCUUCUCGGUCUCCUCAGCCUCCAUCUGACUUCAGUGGCACUGGCGAUCUCUUUGAUGAUAUUCCUGUCAUCAAGGAAGCUCGGGCACCUUCACCUGAGCUUGUCCAUGAUGCUGUUUCUGGCAACCUCAUCACUGAUCAUGACUUUGAUAUGGGAUCUCCUGUUGUGGAGGUUUCCAAAUGUACUACCCAUAGCAAGGGCAAAGGGAAGGCCGGCACCUCUCCUUCCAGGAAGAAAAAGCUUGCCCAGAAGACCAAGGCUCCACCAGCAACUCCUCCUCAGGCUGCAGAGUCCAUUCGUUCCCCUCCCCCUUUCUUGUGUGUCCAUACAUCUGCUCUCCACCAUACCAUUGCCUAUCUGAGCCCCACACCUGUGGCUGGGCCCUCUCAUCUAGCCAAGUGCAAGAAGCAGCUCCAAGCUGCUAGAGUUCCAACUCUGCCGGUGGAGGAUUCUCCUCCUCACAUUCCUCUUACAUGCUCGUGUGCUGCUGCUACCAAGGCAGCUGUUCUUCCCCCUAUCGUUGAGCUCCCUGAGGAGUCAGAAUCAGGCUCCAAUGAUGAUGUGCCUCCCAAGAAGAAGCACAGGAUUUCUGAUGCCAAGAAGGAGAAGAAGGAGCAGGUCUCACCUGAAAAGGGGAAGGCCAAAAACAAGCCUGGUGCUGGGACUGAGGUUGCUAUCAGCCGCCACUCUACUAGCUGCUCGGAGCUCGAAGCCUUAACCUUUGAAGAUAUUCGUGAGGGCCCUGCUGCCUUCUUCAAGCCCGUCUGGUAUAGUGACAAGAAUGGCAUCUUUGGUGCAUGCUUGGAUCCCUUCCCUUAUUUUGUGCAGGCUUCCAAUGUUUCUGGUGACUGCAUUCCCUGCUUGACUAGGGAUCUCAACUGUACCUGGAUGAACCAAUUCCCAGAAAUGAAUAAGGUGUCUUCAAAACUUGCCAAGUAUGUGAGGUACCAUGUUGGUUCAAUGGAGUCUGACCUAAAAGAGCUCCGUGCGCUUAACCACAACCUGGAGCACCUUGACGUGCUCAUGCAGCGCAACUUCCUGCAGUGCAACCACCUGAUCUGCCAGCUCGUGGAUUCUCUCGACCAGAUCGCCAGCCAUGAGAACAGUAAUGCCAUCAUUGAGGGCCUAGCUUCCACCUAUGAGGAGGUUGCUAGUUUCAUCAUUAGUGAAUAG